GAUCUCCUCCUCCUUACCUAUCGAAAGGUUAAUUAUCAGACAGAGAAUUGUCCAUCAGUAACUGCGAUUGGCUUGACGCGGCAUCACACCAGAUAAGACAGGUGUGACAUCACGGAUGUGGUACACGUCAUGAUGUUUCCCCCUUCCCCAACCCUAACAGUGUAGGACGGAGGGACAGCUGGAGGGACUUUUCUCUCACUGCUUUACUUUGUCUGAUGUCUCUUCUAACAGGGCAGCAGUGAAUAAUACACACUCCAUUACACAUACACUGUACCUGAGGACCCGGACUCUUCUGUGGCUGAGAUAUAUUCAGGAAUCAUGGUCCGUGUUGCAGCCCUGAUCACUUUUCUGACUUGUGUGCUGCUGUCGGAGGCCCAACAUGAGGACGGAUUCUGUGCUUUCUAUGAGGAGUGUGGUCGUAACCCGUCAGUUGGAGGAUCCCUCCUCCCGCCUAUCGUCCCCUGUUUAGACUACAGCCCCGCCCGAUCCGUCUCAGGAGAGCACUACAGGAAACUCAAACAGGUGUGUCCCAUUUUGGACCGCGGGGUGGGCAACACAUUCGCCUGCUGCUCCAUCAAACAGUUGAACUCCCUGGAAAAGAGUCUGGUCCUGUCCAAGGCGGUGCUGAACCGAUGCCCUUCCUGCGCUGAGAACUUUGCCCACCUGCACUGCAUCAACACCUGCAGCCCCAACCAGACCACAACAGUAAAAGUCUCAAAGGUCAUGAACAUCACCUCAACCACGGGCAAGACGAAGGAGGCCGUGGUCGGUUACCAGGCGUUUAUCAGCAACACCUUUGCAGAGACUGCAUUCGGGUCUUGUAAGAAUGUCAGGAUCCCCGCCACAGGAGGCUUCGCCAUCGCCACCAUGUGUGGACGGUAUGGAGCCAAGCUGUGCACCCCCCAGCACUGGUAUGACUUCCAGGGAGACUCCAGUAACGGCCUGGCUCCACUGGACAUCGACUUCCGCCUGAUAAAAGAGGGAGACACUGAGGGAGUACCAGAAGGCGUGACUCCCUACAAUGGCCGUGCUCUAAAGUGUAACGAGACCACCCCGUCCGGAGGUGAGGCCUGCUCCUGCCAGGACUGCCAAGAGUCGUGCCCGAGGAUGCCGCAACCGCCGCAGCCCCCCGGCCCCUUCAGACUGCUGGGGACGGAUGGAUUCCUCGUGAUCUCUAUAUUCUUACUCUGCCUUCUGUUGCUUGCCUUCGUUUUAUACCUCUCCGUGUCUUGCUUUGUGAGGUCUCACAAAAGAAAGGAUGAAGAGAAAGGAAAAAGAAAGGGCAAGGGCAAAGACCAGAACAGCAAUGAUGUGACUCAGCGGCUUGUUGAUCCGUCAGAGGUGACGUGCGCUGACAGGAACAGUCUGGCUGCUCAAGCUUUCCUAAGCUGUCAGUUUCAGCACUGGGGAACCAUCAUGGCCACUUAUCCUCUCACGGUGCUCCUGUUGUCGGCCAUAGUGGUGGCUAUUUUCUCUGCUGGCCUCAAGUCCAUUGAGCUGACAACUGACCCGGUCGAGCUGUGGUCCGCUCCUGACAGCCGUGCCCGCCAGGAGAAAGAAUUCCACGACUCGUAUUUUGGUCCCUUCUUCAGGACAAACCAGCUGAUCUUGACGGCGCCGGGCAGAAAAGGCCACAUCUACGAUUCUUUGAUAUUUGGGCCGCAGAACUUCAGCGGGAUCAUGUCCAAAGAUCUCAUCACAGAGCUGCUGGAGCUCCAGGCGCGAAUCCAGAACAUCUCGUUUUGGUCCGAGGAUCUGAACCGCACAGCGAGUCUGAAGGAUGUGUGUUUCGCACCACUGAACCCAACCGACCCCUCCAGCACAGACUGUGCCGUCAACAGUUUGCCACAGUACUUCCAGAACAGCCUGGAAAAUAUUAACCUUAAGGUGAACGUUACAGAGCUGGGAGUGACCAAAGAAGUGGACUGGAGAGACCACUUGAUCUACUGCCUUGGCUCUCCACUGUCCUUUAAAGACAUCACUGGUUUAGAAAUGAGCUGCAUGGCUGAUUACGGAGCUCCAGUCUUCAACUUUCUGGCUGUGGGAGGCUACCAGAAUGAUGAAUUCACCAAUGCUGAGGCUCUGAUAAUGACUUUCUCCCUCAACAACUACCCUCGCAACGACCCCAAGUUCAAAGUGGCGAUGCAGUGGGAGACAGAGUUUCUUAAAAUUGUCCAGGACUACCAGAAGAGCCCGGCUGCCAACUUCACCUUCGCGUACAUGGCAGAGCGGUCUCUGGAGGAUGAGAUUAACCGGACAACAGCAGAAGACAUCCCCAUCUUCAUGAUCAGCUAUGCUGUUAUCUUUGUUUACAUUGCUGUGGCACUGGGGGAAUACUCCUCAUGGAAACGGAUACUGGUGGACUCCAAGUUUCUGGUGGGUCUGGGUGGGAUCCUGGUGGUCGGCUGUUCUGUACUGGCCUCAAUGGGGUUCUACUCCUGGAUCGGCAUCCCCUCCUCGCUGGUCAUUCUGCAGGUUGUACCCUUCUUGGUGCUCGCCGUUGGAGCUGACAACAUAUUCAUCUUUGUUCUGGAGUACCAGAGAGACGUACGGAGACCCAGAGAGAAGAGAGAGGAGCAGAUUGGUCGUGUCCUCGGAAACGUGGCUCCCAGCAUGUUCCUGUGCAGUCUGUCCGAGUCUGUCUGCUUCUUUCUAGGGGCCCUGUCCACCAUGCCAGCAGUGAAGUCCUUUGCACUAUAUGCAGCUCUUGCUGUGCUCAUGGACUUCGUCCUCCAGAUGACAGCGUUUGUGGCGCUGCUGUCCCUGGAUGCCCGGCGCCAAGACAACAACCGCUGUGAACUGUUCUGCUGUGAAACAGUAUCAACCAAACGUCCCAACAAGCCAAACGAGGGCUUCCUGCUGCCCUUCAUGAGGAAAUACUACGCCCCUGUCCUCCUGCACCGUGUCACCAGGAUCAUAGUGAUGCUGGUUUUCAUCUUCAUGCUCUGUGCAUCAUUAUUCCUCAUGUUUAAUGUGACUGUGGGUCUGGAUCAGGAGCUGGCUAUGCCUAAGGGCUCUUAUAUGCUGGACUACUUUCAGUACCUGUACAAAUACUUUGAAGUCGGAGUUCCUGUUUAUUUUGUAACAAAAAAGGGUUACAACUUCACCUCUCUUGAGGGCAUGAAUGGAGUCUGCUCCAGUGUGGGCUGCGAUCAGUUCUCGCUCACGCAGAAGAUCCAAUACGCCACCAACUACCCUGAACUCUCCUAUUUGGCUAUUCCUGCUAACUCCUGGGUGGAUGAUUUCAUUGACUGGCUGAACCCUGGAUCCAAAUGUUGUCGUCUGUACGCCUAUGGUCCGAAUGCAGGACAAUUCUGUCCUGCAAGCGAACCUGCUUAUAAAUGUAUCAAGAAGUGUAUGGCUACUCCUCCAGAUGGCGUCCUCAGGCCCAGUGUGGAAGAAUUCAACCGCUUUCUCCCAGACUUCCUGGGGAACAGACCGGACCUGCAGUGCCCCAAAGGAGGUCUUGGAGCGUAUGACACAUCUGUGGUGACAGAUCAGUCUGGAGAAGUUAUAGGUAGGUCUCUCAAAUCAUCUCAAAGCAGUCAAAAAAUUUUGUUCUGCUUCAGAGCGGUAAGUUUCUUCUUUGUGUUCUCAGCCUCCCGGUUCAUGGCUUACCACACGCCUUUAACCAACUCUCAGGAGUUCACCGCUGCACUGCUGAUGGCCAGAGAGCUGGCCCACAACAUCACAAUGGGCAUGAGGAAUAUACCAGGCACCUCAGAGGACUUCGAAGUAUUUCCUUAUACGGUGACUAAUGUAUUUUAUGAGCAGUACCUAACCAUUGUACCAGAGGGACUCUUCAACAUCUCCUUGUGUCUGCUGCCGACCUUCUUGGUGUGCUGUCUGCUGCUGGGUUUGGAUUUGCGCUCCGGCUUGCUCAACCUAAUCACCAUCAUCAUGAUCACAGUGGACACUGUUGGUGUCAUGACACUGUGGGGCAUCGAUUACAACGCAGUGGCCCUUAUCAAUCUGGUCACGGCAGUGGGCAUAUCUGUGGAGUUUGUGUCUCAUAUGACAAGAUCCUUUGCACUGAGCACGAAGCCCUCACAUGUAGAGAGAGCCAAGGAGGCUACAGCCAACAUGGGCAGCGCGGUGUUUGCUGGUGUUGCUAUGACCAACCUGCCAGGCAUCCUUGUGCUGGCGUUUGCCAAAGCGCAACUUAUCCAGAUCUUCUUCUUCCGGUUAAACCUGGUCAUUACACUACUGGGGAUGGCUCACGGACUCAUAUUCCUCCCUGUGCUGCUCAGCUACUUUGGUCCUGGUGUGAAUAAAGCAGUGUUGCUGCAGAUGCAGCAGGACAAAGCGAAGGCCACCAAAGAGCUGGAGAUGAGAAACAACAUGAGACAAGUCUAUGAUAACAUGGGCUAUGAAGGUAGUGAGAUUAAACAGGAGCCAGACUCAAACUCCACAAAGCCAUCACAGGUUAUAGAGAAACCAUUGGAGGAGGAGAAAGAGGGGAGAAUUGACCGUUUCUGAGUACCAACAACAACAAAACUGUUUUUUAAGCUCUGAGUGAACAACGAUGGACACAGAAAAGGACAAAGAUAGCAAACAUGUAUUGUCUCCCUGUGGAAAUCAUGAACUUAAACUAUGUACCUCAAUCACAACUGGACAAGUGGGACUGGAGACAACAACACAACAUUGUGCAAUAUUUCUGAACAAUGCAAUGACAGUCAUCUUCCUGUCUCAAUAUCAAAAAAGAAAAACUACGUCUGUCUUCAGUAGCACUGCAGCUAGGCAAGAUUUGACAGGACAGGAAGUCGACGAAUGUUCUUGAAUUAGUCAUUUUGUAUAUUUUUUUUGUAUUGAAUGUAAUUAUUUUCUAUGUGUGAAUACUUCACAUUAGCACUGUGUAGAGUGAUUUUUAAAGAAAACACACUCCAGCUUUUCAUAUUAUAGUUUCUUCAAUAAUAGUAGGGGGAUAUUGCUGUAAAAUAUGUAAUCAGUAAAAACAUAUUUAAUGUGGUAUCAUUAUGUUUCAUAGGUUAUUUAUGGAUUAAAAAGGAGCCUUCACACACUAGUUUUUGCACCAUCAAAAAAGGUCUGUAUGUGAAUGCUUUUGUGUGUAAUCAAAUAAAUUAUGCAGAUUUUAUUGUGAGGAUGGUUUUAUUUGUUAUUGCCCUUUCGGUACCGUACAAGGCCUUCAAACUGAGCUGGGCACCUUAAUGAAAGGAUUUCUAUUCAUAUUUAAGUUUUUUCCUUUCUCAUUUUCUUACACAAGAAUCCCCCUAAUGUACGUAUGUGAAGAAUUAGAAUAGAAGAGAGAUUCACUUUUCGUGCAUAGUAGUAGUCAUAGUCUAAAUAAAGCGUGAAUUCUCAUUAUUUUAAAUGGUAGAAAUAAAAGUUUAAAAUAUAUAUGAAAUAAUAAAAAGCAUAAAAAAGAACAAUUACAGUGCCAGCCUGGGGCUUUAAUAUAAUAGGCAUAUAAAAUAGGCUAUAGUUUGUGUUAAUAAGCAAUGAUUGAUAAAAUAAAUGAAAGCUAUAACAAACUUUAGAUUCAUAGAUUAUUAUUCAUAUAUUUAAUUGGAAAACUUUUCAGGCACCCCGAACAGAGUGAGGCAAAUUAAGAAUUGACAUACUGUAGUAUAUUGAUCUUAGGGGGUCAUUUUUGGACAUCCCUUAAUAUGGUGUUUUUCUGUCAUUUCUGGCCACAUUCUGCUCUAAUAUGUAUCAACAGACUAUAAUUGACCCAUUUGAAGCAUUUUUAGGCAUUUUAAAAUUUGACAAUUUGACAAAAAUCGACAUACUAUAGUAUGACUUUUUUUGAGGGGGUCAUUUAAAAUUUGACUUGUUUUGACAAAAACUUACAUGCUUUGAGGGGGUGCCCUUUUGGUACCAUGCAAGGCCUUUAAACUAAUUGAGCACUGGACACUUUAAUGAAAGGAUUUCUACGCUCACAAGAGAGAUUCAUUUUCAGUGCAUACGUAUAAAACGUGAAUUCUCAUUAUUUUAAAUGGUAGAUAAUGGAAAUAAAGGUUUAAAAAUGUA